UGUUAAUAAAUGUUAUAUUAGUGACUUUACCAGAAAAUAGUAAUGCUUUUUAAACAUAAUUUGUUAAUACAUACAUUUUAUACGUUUUGUUGACUCUUGUGAAGUUAAAAAGCGAAUAGUACUCUGGAUGUUCUUCCAUGUUAUUAGUAUUUCAAAUGAACUUAUUGAUUUUUUGCACGUUCCAUCUACUGCUCAGACUGACUACUUUAGACCAUUUCGAACUGAGUGUAACUUGAACUGCGAUUUUUAUACAGUCAGGAUAGAUAUUCUCUCAUACAUGGUAUCGUAGCCGAUGGAAUCUUCGUCAGAAAACAACUACUUUCAUCUGGAGCCCUUCAUACACCAAGUUGGAGGACAUUCAUCAAUGCUCUGUUUGGACCAAGCAACUGUAUGCAAACCACUUGUUCCUAGAGAACUCCAGUUCUAUGAGACUCUACCUGACUCUGUGCGCAGAUUUAUUCCAAAAUUUUAUGGUGUAGUUAAAGUUCGUGUUGUACAAGAAGAAGGAUAUGUCACUCUCAUUGCCACACCACCUGAAUGCUACAAACCAAUACAUGCCAAUGACAAAAGCAGCAGAAUUCGUAUGCGCCGCUCUGGUAGUAUUGAAGUUGACAGCAAUGUCAAAGGAUUAUUUCAUGAAGACCAGUCUGAAGCGGGAACUUCUGGAAAUAUGGGAACCAGAAAGGAGAUGGCACUCAAUCCAUGGGUUCUUAAGUGCCAUCGAACACAACUGCAGGAGCUCGUGGCUAAUAUACAUGCUGACAGUUCUGAACCAAAUUUUAUUCUGCUAGAAAACCUCACAUGUAAAUUUACAUUUCCGUGCAUUCUUGAUCUGAAAAUGGGAACUCGACAGUAUGGUGAUGCAGCGAGUCUCACCAAGAAGCAGAGCAAGAUGUUCAAAGUUGUGAGCACCACAUCUGGAAAACUGGGUGUCCGCAUUGGAGGAAUGCAGGUGUAUCAAGUUACCUCACAGCGUUUCCUAUGUCGCAAUAAAUUCUAUGGGCGCAGCUUGUCGGUGGCAGGGUUCCAACAGGCUUUGCGUCAGUUCUUACACAACGGGAUCAAGCUCAGAUCAGACGUCCUGCCUCCACUCAUACGACGUCUAGAGGAGCUUGUGUAUGUUCUGGGACAACAGGAUGCUGUACGUUUCUACACCACUUCAUUGCUUCUUCUUUAUGAGGGGGAUGACUUUCACAGUGGCACCUCAAGUACAGUUUAUGACUUUGACAAGGCACGAGUAAAAAGUUUACAGCAGGACAGCCAAGUAUCUCUCUCAACUCACGAUCAUGAUGAAGGCUUAAUGAGAAAUGACUGUAUGGGAGGACGGCUUAGCAGGCGAAGUUCGAGUGCAGAAACUCUAUCAGCUAUGCUUGAUCAGUCAUUCGACUGCUUUCUAUCAGCUCCAGAGAACUCACACAAAUCACCCACAGGAACAUACCAUCGUCGUAGUAGCAGCACUGCCACUUGUGAAGACAUCAAAGUGAAUUCACCAUCUUCAUUUGAAGCAACCUCUGUACCUUCAUCUCCAUUACUGACUCCAGAGCCACUCGUUGAUGUUAGGAUAAUUGAUUUUGCCCAUUCGACCCACAAAGGUUUGGGUGAUCCUGUGCUCUACUCAGGUCCUGAUCGUGGAUUCCUCUUUGGUCUGGAAAACAUGAUUGCUCUUUUAAAAGGAAUUGAUAGAGACCAUGGCUGAGACAAAUUUAUUGUUCUAGGAUACCAGUGGAAGAUUAUGUGGAUUAAUCCAUCUCUUCUCCUCCAUAAAUGGAAAGGCCAUAGCAUUGUUAAUUUUAUACACAAGCCAUUGUUACUAAUAAAUACUGGGCUACUAUCAUGCAAUAUAGAUUGUUUAUAAUAUAUAAACUAAGAAAAGAACACAAAAAAUAGAUUUAGGAAUCCUCUCCAAGGUCAUACAGCUUUAAGCAAUAAAGUGUGGCAAGGCCUGUAUUGUAUGUGGCAGUUUGAAGCAUCAGCUGCAAUGCCAAUGAAUGCUAGGAUCCUGUAUAGAGUAUAUAAUAACAUGCUGUACAGUAUUAAGAGUAUUUCUGUGUAAGCAAUAAUGCAGCAGGCUUCUAAAUGUAUAUGUCGGUUCUUGUAAUGUGUCUUGUAUGAUAAGCAUUAACUUCAUGGAUGCAUUCUCCUACAUGUAAUUAAUGUACAUCCAUUAUAUAGAUUACUGGAAAUAAAUUUUGUUUUAGGCACAAUUAAAUGGAGCCAUUUAAUACCAGAAUAUUUCCUUUUGGCAUUGUUAAUUGUUUUGAUAACAAAGAUAUAGACUUUUUGAGGAUAACUCCAUCUCUCUCUGAUGUUACAAAAUGGCUACCAUAAAUUAACCCAUUUACAUUCUCACAAUUUUAAUGACCUGCCAAUGUUAUCAUUCUGCAUUUUGGAGUUCAUAAAAUAUUAGCAUGAUCCAAACACCCAACUUCAUAGAUGAUGAUGUAUACUACUACUUACUACUACUACUGCUGCUUCUGUCAUUAAAAUAAACCUCCUAUAUCACCAAAUGCAGAAUAUCCAAACAAAAACUGAGGAACCCAACACUGGGUUGUACUGGUCAGAACUCUUGCUGAUUGUAGUGUGACUGGACUGUGACAUAAUGUGGUUCUGUAGGUGACUACAUAAUGUUUCAAAGGAAAAUGAAGAUGGAGACAAUACCUUUUGCCAAAAUGUUGGUUACCACCUACAAGACCACAGAAUAUCACCACUCAGACAACAAUGACUGACAUAUUUACCACUGUGAGAAACUUGUCACCCUUCUUUUGUAUUGUAAAGGUUGAAGGUUGAAAUAUGAGCCAUGAGACUGGCUAUCUUGAGGGUUUUCGCUUGAUCCUGCCAAGUGAAUUCCACAAUAGUUCUUUAAAGAAAAUCACUGUCUCUUCCUCUCACAUCCCUAAUAAUCACCCUACCAGAUCAUUUUUAAUGAUAAGUAAUCCCAGCAGUUGAUAUGGUGUUCUAAUACAGUCAAAUGAGAAAUUAAUACAAUUAAAGACAUAAAGAGUUACAUGUCCUUAUGUGCUACAAUUUUGUGCUUUACACCUUGCAGAAGACAUUGCAAAAGGUUAACCUUAAGGCAAACUGAGCCUUCAAAAUGUUAUGUCUUUCUGUACAGACAGUGGACAAUGACAUCUUAAUAUCUUACAGUUAAAACACAUCACAUAUAAAUAUGUAUCACAUUGUUCAAAUGGCAAAGAGAAGGCUGUUUUGCACACACUGAGCUUUGGAAGUAUCAGACAAAGAAUGGAAUUCUUACAAUGAAUUAAGAUAUUAAGACAUGGUAAAAUUAAAAACUCUUACAUUAUGUAGAUGUUUGUCAUUUAAGUCCACUGCAUCAUGAUACUAUCUCAGACCAGUAAAUCCUUCCUUACUACAUAUGCUCUUUGUCUUUCUCUUCCUCUGUUUGUUUGUACCUCUCUUUAUUGCAUUGUCUCUCUGUCUUCUGUUCUUGCUUUGUGAAAUUUUGUACCAAAGUUAUACCAUAAGUAGUUUUCCAGGCUCAGCUUUUCUAACUCUUUAUUCCACGUAAUAACACUCUGACAGAACUUUGAAGUCAUGAGGUGAGACGAUGAUGUCGAUACCCAUGCCUUUGGCGCAAGAUCUUAUGCGCAAACGCAUCAGUAACCUAAUCUAACCUAACCUAUCUCAACUCAAUCAGAGCUGAUGUCUGUCGGUACAAAUUUCAUAACCAAAUAAUUAUGACAGCAGCAAAUGAAAAUUCGUCUGGAUGUUAUGCUAUAAGGUAACUAACCCAAAAACAUAGAUAUGCAAAAAAAGUUUCCCAGUUUGUGAGGGACAUACUUUCAAAAUGCCUAAUAUGGGGCAGUAUGCCUCUGUAAAAGUUAUUAUAUGCCCACAUUAAUGUACAGAUCACAAACUCAGACAUGAAUUAAGGCAUAUAUGAGCAGCAGAGAUGAAAAUCUAAAGAGAAGACAAUAAGAAGCAAAAUAAUUAGAUUUAAAAGAUAAAUUCCCUUCAGUCUUCACCAACAAAAAGUAUUAAUUUAAAACAAAAUACUGUGUUAAGCAGCUAGAACUAUAUUUCUAUUAAACAACUAAGGAAGGUAAACUCUUCAGAAAGAAACCUUUCCGUGAAAGAGUGAAGACUCCCAUAUGUGGUCUUUCAGAGACUGCUCUUAUGCCUACAGAAUUACAAUGUACAGCAGAUGUGGUUCUAUGCAAUUGUAAUGUGUGAGCUUUACAAAAGCAACAUUUGUAUUCACUUCACUGCGACAGCACAGAAAAAUUGGUUUACUUACUUGACUGACCAUGUGUAAAUCGUGUAACAAUAUGAAAAGCUGGUACUCACAAUUAGCAAGGCUCUGAUAAUCUAAAAAAUGGAAUCAAUUCUUAUUACAUCAAAUUUAGAACUUCUGCCUAAUUAAGUAUACUAUAACAGACUUUCACUACCAUCUUACAGAACAAACAUGACUGGUACAGCCCAAAAUGAGUAAACAACAAUAUGAAAUUUUAAUCUGUAUGAAUGGUAACUUUGGAAGUACCAGUAACACAUUUUUGAUGCUACUGUAAACAAAUCAUGAUAAGCAGCACUGCAUAGAAGAGGCGAUCAUUCUGCGCAGUUUUUUGUUUAAUACAUAUGGUUUAAAAGAUAUGUGUAUUUAUUUUGUAAGUACAAAAUAACUGAAUCACAGCACAUCCUCCUAUUGUACCAAUACAAAGUAUUAUAGAUAUGGGUAAAAUGUUGUACCAUAUCCCGCCCCACAGUUUACACUCUUGUUUUAAAGUAUUAACACGUAAAAAUAAAUAAAUAAAAGAAUAAUUAUGGCUGCAGGAUUAAAAUGUACAAAUGUUAAAUAUCCAUACACUUUGUAAUGCCAUAUACUCUGUUAAUAUGUAUAUAAUUGUUGACACUUGAGCCAAAUAUCAAUGUAUUAAAAAUAAAUUUUACCAAACAUAGGCUUUUGCAGUUAACUUAAUCAAUAAAUGUUAUAUUCUGGA